AUGUCGGCUGUGACCGCGGGCCCCCACGUCCCCAAUGCCUACCAACAUCCAGUCAACAGCAUCAUGAGUUGCAGCGCACACAAACCAGCCAACCCCACCACCUCCAGCGCCCAACCCAACUACACCGUAGCACAUACCCCGAAGCGAUGGCGAUUCAGCUGCCGUUUUGAUCUCUCUCUCUCUCUCUCUCUCUCGCGCGCGCGCGCUCUCUCUCUUUUGGCCGCAAAAAAGCUUGCUAUGCGGAAGUGUGAGAUGAUUCACACUUUGACACACAUCACAUGCGACACAGAGAGAGAGAGAGACAAACAGAAGAGGUGUGAGUUGGUAACGGUGACGAUGGGGGAGCGGGCACCGCUAUUGGGGGAUAUCCCAGAGCAAGUCUCGCUCAAUGGGGACCCCGAGGAUGACUCGCCGGCGGCCCAGGCGCCUCCCGAGCAGUUGCAACGCACCAAGUCCCUGAAUCGCAAGUUGACGACCGUCUCUGGCCGUCAAUCAGCCGAGGAAACACUCAAGCGCAGCACCGGGUCCUUUGCCUCGCAAAGGGUCCUGACAGCUUAUGAGGGCACCAACACUUUGCCUACGGGCACAGAGCUGGACGAUUCUGUAGAUGAGGAGCGAUCUCGUCGCAAAUCCGUAGCCGCCAACAUGCGACGCAUCCUCUUCUCCGACGAAACUCUUUUGCCACCGCUGUCCUCACACCUCGUUGGCCAGCUUUUCGUCCUGGCCGUCUCCAUCUUUGUCAUUUACAAUUGUUUCAUCAUUCCUUUCCGUGCUGCCUUUGAGCAGUCUUGGGCUGACCACCACAAUGACAUCUUCAUCAUCAUCGAUGCCAUUGGUGAUAUUCUCUUCUUGGUGGACAUAUACUUCAAUUUUCGCUGUGCUGUCAUGCACGACGGCAUCGAGGUCUAUGACAGCGGGCACAUUGGCUCGGAAUUUACCGCGCCCUUCUAUCCGAUAGCGCGUGAUUAUCUCUCGCAGUGGUUCUGGUUUGACAUCCUUGCCAGCUUGCCCAUUGAUCUCUUCCUGUGGAAGCCCGUCUGGAAGCAUGUGGCGCUGCGCUGGAACAAGUUCUUGCGCCUGCCUCGCGUGUUGGAACGCAUUCAAGAACUGCAACACAACACCCGCUACGCCCUCACGCUCGAGCUGCUCAAGCUCGUGGUAGGCAUCUUGAGCAUCUCCCACUGGCUGGGCUGCGCCUACAUUGCCAUUGCCUAUUCCGACGGCUUCACUCCGGAGGGCGACGAAGAGGGUUGGGCGCCACCAGAAUCCCUCAAGGACGCAUCACUAGGCCAGCAAUACUAUAUUGCUUUUGCCUGGGGCGUUAAGGGUGUGACGGAUGUCGGCGGUGAAUCGCCGCGAGCUCAAACUAAUUUGCAGCACGCUUUUAUCAUCGUUCUUGGCUUUGUACACAUCUUCUUGAUUGCCAUCGUCAUUGGCAGCGUGGAGGGCUUCAUGUCGAGCCUCAAUCACAAUGCUGAGCAACUUCGGCGCCGCAUCAUGCACUUAAAUCGUUUUAUGGCGCAGCGCCACCUGCCACCCGAUGUUCAGACACGCAUUCGCAAGUACUUUCGGCACUUGUGGUCGCGGAAGGGUGCCUUUGAUAGCCCUGACCUCCUUCGGGACCUGCCUUCCAACUUGCGAGCCGAAGUGCACCGCCAUACCCGCGGCCAAGUGCUGUCCAAGGUGGGGCUGCUCAAGUCUUUUGAGAACGACGAGCCGUUUCUCAAUACACUGGCAGAGCAUUUGAAGCCGCGCAUCUAUGCCCCGGGUGAUAUCAUCAUCGAGGCGGGUGGCAAUGGCGAUGAGAUGUUUCUGCUCAAUCGUGGCGAGGUGGAGCUUGUGGGAGCAGAUGACGAAGUAGAUGGCGUCGCCCGCGAGGGAUCAGUCUUUGGUGAACUGGCCUUUUUCGCCAGCGAAAAGCUUCGCUUGACAGUGCGCGCCCGCACCUGGUGUGAUUUUGCAGUGUUAACCAAGAAUGACUUUGAUCGGGUGGCCCUGCGCCAUCCGAUGCAGCGGCGGCAGCUGGAGGAGCUGGCCGAGGUGCGUCUUGCCCAGGAAGCCAUGUAUCAGGCACUCCUCAAGAGCCCGCUUUUCAAGAACGUCGGCAAGGCCAUCAUUCAAACGCUGAGCCGCGUGGCCCUGCCUUUUGGCUUUAAGAAAGAUGACUACAUCUAUCGGGAAGGCGAUGAUGGUGACACCUGGCUUUUUUUGGGGCGUGGUGACGCUCGCGUCUUCAAAAAUUCAGCGCUGGAGACACAAGACGACGAUAGCACCGAGGCUCAAAGCACGGAAGCAGCUGAUGACGACAUGCCAAUGUCUCGCUCGAUGCGUCGCGCUAGCUCGGGCAGCAUCUUUUCUUCGGUCGCUGCAAUCCCCUCUACUCCUACCAAGAGUACCAAGUUUCGCGGCGAUGCCGUGGGCGCCGUUUUGUCUGCUCGCUUCAUCGGGGGCAGCACAACUCUAGAGCCCACUCCUCGCAUUGACAACGCGGUGUGCCAUAGCCAGCGGUGCACGGUACUGGCCAUUCCCAUUGCCACCUUGCACGAGUUUCUGCAGUCCCACCGAAUUGCCAGCGUUCGUAUUUGCUUCGUGUGUGUGUGUGUGUGUGUGUGUGUCCCAGUGGUGGAAGCCAACGCCAAGGCCUAUUCGCGUCGGGCCGAUGUUUUGCAUACAUUCAAAAGCAUCACCCGCAAGGUCAUGCUGUCCCGGUCGAGUGUGGGGUUCAUGUCGCGUCAGGAUCAUGGUGCCCGAAAGGUGAUCCACCAUGUCGAGGAUUUUGACUUUGACUUUGAGAUUGAGCCAGAGGCACAGCGCAUCCGUGAUCGCGUUUGGCUGGACCGCUCUGAGAUCCACGGCUUAUCAUUGCCGGUUCUGCAAACAGUCCAGGCCAUCCUUUCCAAGCAACUCAGUCUGCUUGCAGAGGUCGGGCACAACAAAGCCCAGGAACUCUUGGCUGCCUCUGAUGCCGCGGAGAAUCAAGGGCAAGAAGAUGAGUUCUUGGAUGAAGAGUAG